AAAUGGCGGAGUAUUUGGCCUCCAUCUUCGGCACCGAGAAGGACAAAGUCAACUGUUCAUUUUAUUUCAAAAUUGGAGCAUGUCGUCAUGGAGACAGAUGCUCUCGGUUGCACAAUAAACCCACCUUUAGCCAGACCAUUGCCCUCUUGAACGUUUAUCAUAAGCCUCAAAACUCUUCCCAGUCUGCUGAUGGUUUGCACUGUGCUGUGAGCGAUGUCGAGAGGCAGGAACACUAUGAUGAGUUUUUUGAGGAGGUUUUCACAGAAAUGGAGGAGAAGUACGGCGAGGUGGAGGAGAUGAAUGUCUGUGAUAACCUUGGAGAUCACCUCGUUGGAAACGUGUAUGUGAAGUUUCGCUGUGAAGAAGAUGCGGAGAAAGCUGUCCUUGAUUUGAACAACCGCUGGUUCAACGGGCAGCCCAUCUACGCUGAGCUUUCCCCCGUGACCGACUUCCGGGAAGCCUGUUGCCGCCAAUAUGAAAUGGGAGAGUGUGCACGAGGCGGCUUCUGCAACUUCAUGCAUCUGAAGCCCAUUUCCAGAGAGCUGCGGCGGGAGCUGUAUGGGCGCCAGCGCAAGAAGCACCGAUCGAGGUCCGGGUCCCGGUCCCGGAAGCGUCGCUCUCGGUGUAGAGACCGUGGUCGUGGCGGUGGUGGAGGCGGUGGGGGAUGGGAGCGUGACAGGAGGCGGUCAAGAGAUAGUGAGAGAUCUGUGCGACUCUGA